AUGUCGUGCAUUUUGCUCCCGCCGCUCAUCCCGCCGCGCAUCCACCAGAUCCCCCUGUCAGGUUACGACCAGCUGUGCGUGUCGGUGAUAUCGUGCGACUCGGGGCGCACAGAGGCGCAGACGACCAAGUCGGCGGUGCGCAACGGCAUAUGCCAGUGGCCCGAGACGGUCACGCAUGUCGUCAAGAUCGCGCGCAACCCCAAGACCAAGGCGUACGAGCCCAAGGCGUACCGCUUCGUCGUCUCCACCGGCGGCACGUGGGGCACGGUGUUGGGCGAGGCGACGUUGAAUCUCGUGGACUUUAUCAAGUACCGCCAGCUCGACCAGCGUGCGCUUCCGCUCGCCGCCGGCUCCGUCCUCCACGCUACGUUGCAAAGCUUCCCGCUAGACCCGCGUGAGGAGGAAGAGACGGCAGACGAGCAAACCCCGGCCGGCAGCACGCAGGCGGAGGGGGACGAAGGCGACUAUAGCUAUGACGAUGAGUACUAUGGCGAGGACGCGGAACCCGCAGGUGACAGCGCGCGCAAGGCGGAGCCUGCAGUGCCCGCGCCCCAAGGGGAAGGUGCGGAGAAAGAAGCGGGUGCGGAGCAGCCCAGCGCCGCGCAGCAGUGCGCUGCGCAGCCCAUUGCCGCGCAGCCGAGCGCCGCGCCACCGGCGGAAGAGCUUGCGGAGGCGGCGGCUGGCGGAAGCAGCAGCAGCGCCGAUGCAGGCGCGGUUGACCCCGCGCCAGCGGCGGCAGAAGCGGAACCUUCCGACAGCGCGGUUGAGGCGCAACAGCAGGCGGCGGUGGCGGACAAGGAGGCGGUGUCGUCUUGCGGCGCGACUGAGGGGAGCUGCGCGGAGAGUGCAGAGGGCGCCAGCGUUACCAGCGCCAGCAGCAGCAGCGUGCCCAGCGAGGGAGGCGCCAGCAGCAGUAGCGGCAGCAGCAGCGCCAGUAGCGGCGCUGGCGGGAGCACUGGCCUGAGUGCCGGCAGCAGCAACAGCAGCAACAGCGGCAGUGGCAGCGGCAGCGGGAGCACGGCGGGCAAGGCAGCGAGCUUCAUCUACCGCCUUGCGCUCCCCGAUCAUCGCCCCAAGGCGCGUAGCAAGCCCACCGACACCACCGAUACUUCCGCCACGGCGCCUGCUCCAACCGCUCCCGCCCCUGCCAGCAGCAGCAGCAGCGGCGGUGGCAGCGGCGGCGGCGUCGUCGCCACGGCCUCUGCUGCCGGCGCAGCCGCCGCGAAGCUCUUCCGCCGCUCCGCGUCCCUCAUGGAGGGGGUUGGCGCGGGGAAGGGUGCGUCCUCCCCCGCCGCGACGGGCGCCAUAUGCGCUACCGCGGGAGGUGAGAGCAGCGCAAAGGCGGCGGAAACCGCCGGCGACCCCGCAAAGGGAGACGCGGGGGACGCCCCAGCUCCUGCUGCCGCUGCCGGCGCUGCUGGCGCGGCCGGGAUCGCUAGCCCUGCCAUGAGCGCGUCCCCCGCUCUUGCGCCCAUGAAAUCCCCCCCCUCCGCCCGCACCCGCUCCGGCUUCUUCUCCUUCGAUCGAUCACCCGCCACCUCCGCAGCCGCCAGGGGCUCCCCUGCCGCCGGCUCUCUCCCUCCGCCCAUCGCGCUCCCCGCUGCCGCUUCCCCCGCGCCCGCGAGCACCAAGGGCGCGGAGCCUUCCGCGGGGAAGGCAGAGAGCACACUGGGGGAGGACGAGGAGCUUCCGCCGCUAGUGUCGUUCUCGGGGGAGCUCCGCCGGCCGCCGAACCCCGCGCUGGUGGGGGACCCGUAUCACCGCAGCGUGGCGAGCGGACCCAUGGAGGUGGGCGGAGGCGGAAGGUUCAUUCCGGGCGCGGGGUACCCCGCGCACCCUGCCGCAGGCGGACUUCACGACAGCAUCAGCACGGGGAACCUCGGGGCGGCGCACAAGGACCGAUCCCCGGGGCUCAAACCCGCGGGAAUGCGCGGAGUCGGGCUGAAGCUCUUCCCCCCAUCCUCCCCCAAUCUCCCUCCGCUUCCCGCCAGCGCCAUGUCUCCCACUUCCUGCCUGCUCUCCGCCUCCUCUACUGCGCCGGAACCUUCCGCGGGGCUCCCAGCAACCCUGGGCGGCGCAGCAGUAGGUGGUACGGGGGGGCGCUUCGGCGCGUUCCGGACCCCGCUCCGCAGUCUCAGCGGCGGAGUGGGGAACGACGGCGCGAACCCGCUGCGCCACUCCAUGUCGGACGUUCUCAUUGAGGCCACCCGCGCGGGCGUGGGCGGACCCGGCGGAAAAGGCGCAACUGCGGCGGGGGGAGCGGGAGCGGGAGGGCUGCACGAAAGCGGAAUUAGCGUCAGCGCAUCCACCUCCGCGCUUUUCCUCCCCGGAACCGGCAUUCGACCCGGCUUUGCUGCGGCGCUCGGCGGCGGGCCUUCUGCGGCCUUGGCUCCGCCGGCUGCGCUGGCGGCGCGGGAGCGCGGAAGGAGCAGCAGCGGCGGCGGGGCCGGAGAGCUGCAGGCGGACCUGGUCGCGGCGGAGGCGGCGAUCGAGGGGCUUCAGCGCGACUGCACGGCGCAGCAGCAGACCUCGCGCGCGUUGCUCCGCGAGGUGGAGGCGCUGCGCGCGCAGCUGGCGGAGUCGCUGGUGGCGGACCGUGCGGCGGAGGCGCAGUUGGCGGCGGUGAUGAGCGAGCGCGACUCGCUGGCGAAGCAGGUGGCGAUCCUGAAGGUGGCGCAGAGCGAGGCGGAGGCGGUGGCGGGAGGCGCGGGGGUCGGCGGAGGCACGUCGGUGCUGAUGGUGAUGCGCGAUCUGGAGUACCACACGGAGCUGAACGCGCAACUCAGAUCGGAAGUGGAAAUGCUCUCGUCCGCCAAUGAGGAGCUGGCCAAGGCGCUGCAGCGCGCGGAAGCGGACGCGGACAAGUACCGGCGGGACGCGCAGGACCUGUACGAGCGCGAGCAGGCGCGCGAGCAGGCGGGCAAGCGCGCGCAGCGGCAGACGGACGAGCGCGAGGCGGAGUGGCGCGAGCGCAUGCGCAAGCUGGAGGCGGACUGGCGCGAGCGCAUGCGCAAGGCGGUCGACGCGCACAACCAGCUCGAGGCGCGCCUCGCGCAGCUGGAGGGCGACUGGCGGGCGGAUUCGUUGAGGGGCGGCGGACGGAGCACCGCGGAGGGGCCAGCGGAAACGGGAAGAGGGGCGGGUGGCGGGGAGGAGGGUGGAGAAGCAGCGACGGGCGCGGAAGGGGCUGCGGCGGCUGCAGCUGGCGGAUGCGCCGGUGCGGAUGGUGGUGAUGGCGCUGCUGCCACCGCGACGCGCUCCCCAGGCCUCUCCCCUCCUGCGUCUGCUGCCGCGUCUUCCUGCGGCAGUACCACUCCCACUCCUCUCAUCACUACUAGCGCAUUCUGCGGCCCGCCGUUGCCGCUCCCUCCGGCCGCGGCGGCGGCGGAGUGCGAGUCGAGCCGCGUGGAGCAGCUGCAGCGGAAGCUGGCGGAGGCGGAGAAGGAGGCGCAGGAGCUGACGGCGGAAAGCCUGGAGCUCGCGGCGAGUUUGACGGCCGCGAAGCGCGACGCGGAGGGCAAGGAGGCGCGAAUUAAGGAGCUGGAGGGCGCGAUGGAGGAAAUUAUCCGCGCCACGGGGGUGGAACCCGCGGAACCGGCGGAAACGGCGGAACCGGCGGAGUCAGCGGACGUCGCGGAGGCAGGGGGCUUGGGGAGCAAUGGCGCUGGCUCUGGUGCUGGUGCUGGUGCGGAUGGGGGAAGGAAGCUAGGCGGGGGCGGGCUGGUGGGCAAGUGGAAGGAGCUGCGCGCGAAGAAGCAGCAGCGGGAGCAGGAGAGCAUUGCGCGGCUCAAUGCGCACGUGGCUGAGCUCAGCGAUGAGCUGGACAAGCGCAAGGCCGACGUCAUCAACGCGUCUGCUGAGGUGGAGCGGCUGCGCGGAUGCCUGGCGGCUGCGGAAGCGUCCGCCGCGAAGGUGGCGGCGGAGGCGGAGGAGGAGGCGGCGGCGCUGCGGGCGGAAGCCGCUAGGAUGCAGCGGGAGGUGGAGAGGGCGGCGGAGCAGCGCGCGGAGCUGGAGAGCGAGGUGGCGGCGCGGGGGAGCCAGCUCGCGGCGCUGCAGAGGCGGUGCGAGGCGGCGGAUGAGGAGCGGCAGCAGUUGGCGGUGCGCAUGGCGGAGGAGGUGAGCAUGCGGGAGCGCGCGGAGGAGUCGGCGGCAUCGCUAGCGGCGCAGCUGCACCUGCUGGCGGAAGAAGCGGAGGAGGCGGAGGAGGCGGCGGAAGCAGUGGCCGUGGCGACUACAGUCGCCGUCGCGGCAGCGAACCCGGCGGAUUCUUCCGGAGCAGCAGCAGCAGGAGGAGCGAGCGCAGCGGGUAAGACGGCGCUGCCCAAGGGGCUAGUAGGCGCGGCGAAGAAGUUCAAAGGUCAGGUAGAUGCGGCGGUGCGCGUGGAGGAGCUGGAGCUGCAGCUCGCGUCGCUGCGCGAGCUGCUGCAGGAGGCGACGGCGGCGCAAGUCAAGGCAACGCGCGAGUCGGCCGCGGAAGGCGCGCGCAGCAAGGAGGUGGUGCAGCUGCAGGAGGAGGUGGCGGUGUGGCGCGUGCGCGCGGAGGGGCUCGAGCGCGAUCUCCGCGUGCUCGAGACGGAGAAGCGCGCGCGCGAGGGGCGGAUUUCGGAGCUGGGGCGCGAGGCGGGGGAGGCGCGCAUGCGCGCCAAGGCGGCGGAGGAGGAAAUGGGGCGGCUGGCGGCGCGCGUGAGCAUCGCGACGGCGCGCGCGGCGGCGCAGGAGGUGGAGGUGCGGGAGAGCCGCGAGAGCAAGGCGGCAGCGGCGGGGAUGGUGCAGCAGCUCGAGGAGGCGCUGCGCCGCGCGGGCAGCGAGCGGGCGCGCGCGGACGCGGAGCUGGCGGAAGCAGUCGCCGCGAGGGCCGCGCUGGAGCAGCAGAUCACGGCGCAGGAGGCGCGCGUAGCGGAGCUGAACGUGGCCGCGGAGGGCCGCGGGCGCAGCGCGGCGGACGCGGCGGCGGUGGUGGCGGAGGCGCAGCGCGACGCGGAGCUGGAGCGCGAGGGCAGGCGCGCGGCGGAGGAGAAGGCGGCGGCCAUGGAGGCCCUCCGCGGACGCCUGCAGGAAACAGUGCGGCGCGAGGAGGAGCUGCGGCAGGCAGCCGCGGACCGCGCGGAAAUGCUAGAAGGCGAGUUGCGCAGCGUGCGCGAGCGCGCAGCGCGCGAGGCGGGGGAGAUGCGCGACAUGGAAAGGAAGCUGUUCCAGCGACUGGAGCAGGUCCUAGCGGAGAAGGAAGAAGGCGUGGUGAGAGUGACGCGCCUGGAAGAGGCAGUCAAGAGGGAGCGCGCGGAGAAAGAGGUGGCGACGGAGCAGCUUCAGACGGAGGUGCUGGUGCUGAAGGAGCAGCUGCAGGCGCUGCUGAGCGGGCGCAGCGGGAUCGAGCGCACGGCGGCGGCGCUGGCGGAGGAGCAGGCGGCGCGCGUGGCGCUGGAGGGGCGGCUGCGCGCCGCGGAGGCGGGCGCGGCGGCGGCGGAGGCGCGGUGGGAGGCGGAGAUGCGGGAGCUGGAGGGAAAAGUGCAGAGCCUGCAGGCGGAGCGCACCCAGUGGCGCGCGCGCGAGGUGGGUCUUGCAGCAGAGCUGGAAGUAGCCCGUGGGGAAGCGGUGCUCCUACAGGAACUCUCCUUCGAGGUGCAGCGGUUGAAGGAGGAGAAGGCGGCGAUUGAGAAUCUGCUGGGGGAGGCGCGGGGCGUGAAUGAGGCGCUGGAGAGGGCGAUGCUGGCUGCUGAGAGGGAGAAGCGCGGGCUGGCGAGCCAUGCUGCGGUGCUGAGUGAGAAGGCGCGGGAGUGCGACCGCAUGCGCCUGCAGCAGCAGGCCGACCUGCUCGUGCAAGGCGUGGCUGCCGCCGCUGCUGCUGCUGGCGCUGCUGCUGAUGGGGACGCAGGUGAGGGACAGGCAGGUGGUGAGGAGGGAACGGGUGCUGCACCUGGGGCGGGAGGAGGUGCGGCGAGUGGUGGGCUGGUGGAUAGGAAGCAGGCGGAGCAAUUCUUGGAGUCUCUGCACUGCAAGGUGGAGGAGCUGGAGAGGCAGGUGGAGGAGGGUGCAGUGCUGGCCGCACAGCUAGAGGACGCCAGGGCAGAGAUCGCUGCAAAGCAGGCGGAACUAGCAGCAAAGCAGGCCGAGGUGGCGGCGAAGCAGGCGGAGGUGGAGGAGAGGGAGCGGCGGAUCAAGGACCUGGAGGCACGCAUAGCAGAGGUGCAGGUCGAAGCAGAGAGGCAGAAGGCAGAGUGGCGGCUGAAGCAGGAGGCGGCGGAAGAGGUGGUAGCAGCAAAGAUGGAAGGGCAGGCAGCAGCAGAGCGGCGCAUAGGGGAGAUGCGCGUGCAGGUGGUGGAGUUAGAGGCAGAGGUGGAGAGGCUGCAGGCGAGCAAGGAGCCAGCGUCCCCGUCACUGCCUGCGCCUGAUCGCACCACUGUGACACGCAAGGUGGUGGUGGUGCGUCGUGUGCAGUCGAACCGCGAUUCGGCUGGCUCCACCACCACCACCACCACCUCUUCCUCCUCUUCAGCACCCAGGCUGCCCUCUCCCUCAUCCACCCCUGCCUCCUCCCUCCCCUCCACUCCCCGCAUUUCCAAGUCUGCCUCGACUUCCUCCGCUCGCCCUGCCAGUCCCCGUGCUGCUAGCCCCAGUAACAUCCCCACCCCCAGUGCUGCUUCUGCUGCUCCUGCUAGCACGGCAGCAGGUGACAAGGGGGGUGACAAGGGUGCAGAGGGACCUCCAGCAGCAAGGGGUGGCAGCCCUCGCAGUGGCAUUCGCCCUCCCAGUGUUGUGGUCUCAGGCAAGACCAGAGCUGCAGGCACCACCGGCACCAACAUUCCAUCGGUGUCAGCUGCAACCAGCGCGAAUUCCCAUGAUUCCCCUCCUUUCUCCCCUUCCGUCGCCUCAUUUCCACCCUUGCUUCCCCUCCUUCCCCCCCCAUGCUUCCCCUCCCUUCCCCCCCUAAUUCCCCUCCUUUCCCCCCCUGCUUCCCCUCCUUUUCUCCAUUGCCUCCCCUCCUUUCCCCCCUGCUUCCCCUCCUUUGCCCCCUUGCUUCCCCUCCUUUGCCCCCUUGCUUCCCCUCCUUUCCCUCUCUGCUCCCCCUCCUUUCCUCCCUUGCUUCCCCUCCGUUCCCCCCUUGCUUCCCCUUCCCCCCCUGUUUCCCCUCCUUUCCCCCCUUCCUUCCCCUCCUUUCCCCCCUGUUUCCCCUCCUUUCCCCACUUCCUUCGCCUCCUUUCCCCCCAUGCUUCCCCUCCUCUCCCCCCCUCCUUCCCUUCCUUUGCCCCCUUGCUUCCCCUCCUUUCCCUCCCUGCUCCCCCUCCUUUCCCCCCUUGCUUCCCCUCCUUUCCCCCCUUGAUCCCCCUCCUUUCCCCCCUUUCUCCCAUGCUAACCCCCUGUUCCCUCCCUUUUAGCCCCUUGCUUCUCCCAUGCUAA